UUUUCUUUUGCCGGUAAUCAAUUUACAAUCAUAAAAGGAGGCCUUAAACUAUCACUUUCAAUUAAAGAUUGGUUAUUCCAGAGUAAUCUCAAUACAUUACAAGUUCAAAUGUCGUCUGAUAUUCAAAUCGACACCAAUAGAGAUAAUAAAUGCAAUAAUGAUAAUAAUGAUGCAGAAAUUGAAUCGUCAUCAAAUAAUAAUUAUCUAUCAAAUAAUAUAAAUUAUUUAAAGAUCACCAAAAAUAAUAGAAUACUUUAUGCAAGAUUUCAAGAUAUAAUGCUAUCAGAUAAUAGACCAACAACAAUCCUAGCAAAAUUAAUUUCAAGUGAUAAAAGCUCUGUUAGAAUUGGAUUAAACUUACCCCAUUGUAGUGAUUGUUUAAUUGACCCAGAUUUUUCUUUAUUGGUUUCCACAGAUUAUAAAUUUGAAUGCAAGGAAAAAUCUAAAAAAUGGAUCAUUGCCGUAUCAGUAAUAUUGGGUGUCGUCGCUUUUGUAGCCAUAGCUAUAGGUUUAUAUGUAGCCCUUAAAAAGAGCACAGUUUUAAAAAUUAAAGUUUAUAAACUAAAAAAACUUUUAAAAAAUAAUAAUUAA